GGUCGCCGUGGCAACGGGGACGCGCACCCGGCGCUCGUGGGGCCGCCAUGUCGGACAUCCUGUGCGAGUGGCUCAACCGGGAGGUGACGCUGUCCCGGCCCGUGGAUCCAAACACAUUGCCAAAAGAAUUUUCUACUGGGUACCUCAUUGGAGAACUUCUUCACAAAUAUGAGCUUCAGGAUGACUUUAACCAGUUUUCACAAAGCAGGGUUGCAAACGCUAAACUUAACAAUUUCUCUCGUUUGGAACCAACACUUCAACUCCUUGGUGUGCAGUUUGACCAGAAUGUAGCCCAGAGCAUCAUGACAGAACAGCCUGGGGCUGCAACCAAACUUUUGUAUCAAAUGUAUAUUGCUCUAGAAAAGAAGAAAAAGGCAGGGCUUACUGGAGUAGCCAUGGAAACAAUGAGACCUGCAGCACCUGCAAAGCUCAAGUACAUUGAGAGUACUUUGUAUCGAGAGCGUUUGAAGAACUUAACACCACGGCAGACUGACUUGAGACUGCAGCAGGUUUCAGAACAUUUUGAAAUGAAAUCUAAGAACAUGGAAGCUAAAAUAACUCGUGUACACAUUGUAGAACAACAGAAAGUUCAAAAACUACAGGAGGAACAAAGAGUGCAAGACCUUGAAAAGCAACGCAUGUCAAGGAGGAGACAAAAUGAAAUAAUGGCCAGAAUUCAAGCAGCUAUUAUACAGAUUCCAAAACCACCACCAAACCGUACCCUGAAAGCUAUUGAAGCCCGAAAAAUAUUAAAAAAGAAAAAAGAAGCAGAGGAUAUGCACAAAGAGAUUAAGAAGUUUGAGAAGUUUAUGAGGAAAGGGAGUCCUGCACCUAGCAGCAGCCAAGUCUCAGGCAGUAAUAUACAAGAGUCAUUGAAGACACAGGACUUAGACUCAGCAGCCCAGGAUAUCUCAGAACAGACAACUACUGAACUAUUAAAUACCUAUUCAGAGGAUGAAUAUAUCAGAAAAAUUCAAAAACGUCUAGAGGAAGACACUUUUGCCCGAGAGCAACGAGAAAAAAGACGACGAAAGAUGUUAAUGGAACAGCUAAUAGCCCAUGAAGCACAAGAGGAGGCUUACCGGGAGGAGCAGCUUAUUAAUAGAUUAAUGAGACAGUCCCAGCAAGAGCGGAGGAUUGCUGUACAACUCAUGCAUGUUCGUCAUGAAAAAGAAGUAUUAUGGCAGAACAGAAUCUUCAGAGAGAAACAAUAUGAGGAAAGGCGACUGAAAGAGUUCCAAGAAGCUCUUGACAGAGAGGCGGCUCUUGCAAAACAAGAAAAAAUUGAUUAUGAGGAACAGAUUCUCAAAGAAAAAGAACUUCACAGGAAAAUUGCUGCUGAAAUAGUUGAGGCUCGUUAUAAAAAGCAUUAUUCGAUGUGCCGGGAGGUGAUCAACCAAAUUAUUGAUUUAUCAACCAAAACUGGAGAAUAUCGUUUGUUGACAAACAACCAAAUUCCAAUUAAACUGAUGAGGGAUUGGAAAGAAUUUUUUUUUAAUGGAAAACCACUGUAUGCACAAGCUUUGAUUGAACCUCUGCCAACUGAACCAACCGCAGAGCAACUUGUAGAGCUGGAUAAAAUGAAGUUGCUAGAUGAGAAGGAUUAUGAUGAAUAUAAGAGUAUGACAGGGGAGUGGCACCCACCCAAAGAGAACAGUGGAAACAAACCUCCACCUAAUAAUAACAUAUUGGGUUAUGUGGUUCGUAGAUUGAUGGCCAUUGUCUACCCUCCAAAAGCGGAACCCCCACCACCUGUAUUUCCUUCAUUUCGUAUCAAGGGAUGUAUUUUGGGAAAACUUUUUAGUGGAAAAACGACCUGUGCAAAGUUCUUGAAAGAAGGUUGCAACAUUCAGAUAUUGUCUAUUGAUACUCUGGUUGAGGAAGCCAUCAAAACUUUCCAUGAAAAUGAAAUUAAAAUUGAAACCAACUUGAUUCCACAGGAAGCAGAAGUUUCUGUAAAACAAAAUGAACUAUCCGUACAUGCCCAACUUGGUGCAGCAUCAGAGAAAUUUUUGAAGAAAGGAAAAAAUAUUCCUGAUGAACUCCUAGUUAACAUCAUGGUGGAAGCUGUUAAGCAAACACCGCAGAAGAGAGGAUGGAUCAUGGAUGGGUUUCCAAUGACAAUAAAUCAGGCAAAAUUACUUGAAAAAGCACUUACAGGCAGUGAUCCAGAUGAAGCACAAGUAAAGGAUGAACGUUCUAGAAAGCCCUUACUAGUUACAGACCCAACAGCUCCCAAAGAUCCACCUUUACCUCUACCUGCAUUUGAUUUUGCUUUGUUACUAGAUGUUUCAGAUAUCACAGUGCUAAAGCGCAUGGCUGACUCAAAGAAGUCAACUCAAGACCAGCAGGAAGAUAGUGAUCAAGCUUCUGAUGCUGAACUCAAAGAAAGAGAGAAGAUUGAUUUAAUCAGGGACCAGAUGCAAUAUAGAAUUGCAGGCUUUCGGGAGAGCUGGCCCAAACUGGAGAAGUGGUUUUCAGUGCAGCAAAAUAUUCUAGUGAAAGUAAAUGCAGAGAUAGAAGAGAAUCUUUUGUGCAGAAGUGUAAAGGAAAUCAUACUGGAAGAAAUUUUCAAAAAACAAAAUAAAAGAGAACAACUGGAAAAAAGAGAAGCUGAGAAAAAGCAAGGAACUCGCACACCUUUGCAACCAACUGAGACAUUAACAGAUAAAAACAAGGAAACUGAACGUAUUUCUCAAGAUAAGGAUCCUGCACUCACAAAAUCCAAAGUACCCAAAGAGUUACCCAAAAAGUCAGACUCCUUUAAAGACAAAAAAAGAAAGAAAGACGAAGCAGCCAAGGGAAAAGAUGCAGCAAAUAAACCAGGCUCUGCUCGAGGAAAAUCACCAGUUCCACCUGAAGAUCUACCCCCUUCAACUGCAGUUGGACCGCCACCAACUAAACCAGGCUCAGAUAAAUGGGUUUAUAUAGAUGAACCACUUCCAAAGGAAAUACCAGAAUUUUUAGUGCCUUAUUGGGAGAUGGUAGAAAACAACUAUGUAAAUACCAUCAAAACUAUACUUAGACAUCUGAGAGAUGAACGGCAUUCUCUUAUUUAUUACUUAGCAGAUAUUAGAAACAAUUUCCUGAAUUAUCUGAAACGUCCAGAUCAUAAGCAAGCGUUUGUAUCUCAGUGGCAAGCUGAUUUUAACUCUACUGCUGAUGACCUGUGGGAGGAUGAGGAAACAAAAGCAGAAUUACACCAAAGAGUCACUGACCUAAGAGACCGUCUCUGGGACAUUUGUGAUAACAGACGGGAAGAAGCUGAGCAAGAACGUGCUGAUUUCAUGAAUGAUGGGUGGUUACCAGAUCAUAUGGGAACAGUGAUGAACCAUUUCUUAUCACUUAUGCAGGUUGAAGUAGACCGUUUCCAAGAUACAAAGAGACUUCUUCAUGACUAUUAUAGGGGAAUGGAAGGAAAAAUCCCAACAGAGGCCAGUCAGGAGUUUACAAGAAUCCCAUUACUAGAUAUUGUUAAUGUAGAGCAAUCUGGAGAUCAAAACAAGUCACGGAGGAUUCCUGUGAUUCCUCGUAGAGCUCCUUCUCCUGAAAUAAAUACCACCAAACCAAAAAGCAAAGGAACUCAGUUGAAGAGCAGUAAGGAUGAGAAUUCUUCUGAAAAUGUAGCGUUUAGUUUUGGCAUGGAUGAGAAGUUUAUUAUUGAUACAUGGCAAACUGCUGUAUUAGCCAUAUCAAAUAUGGUAACUGCUGAAAUACAGUCAAAAGAAACAGAGGAAGAAAAAGAACACCAGCAAAUAGAAAUAAAAGAAAGGGAACAUCAAAAAUCCUCUCAGGCAACAGGAGGGAAGGCAGCUGGUAAGGAUGCCAAAGAUACUAGGAAACAACCUCCAAAGUCACCCACCAAAAAGAAAGGAGCACCUUCUCCAGCACCUGUGGUUGAAGCCACUCCUGUUCCAUUAACACCAGAAGAAUUAAAGAAGCAAGAAUUGCAGCAUAAAAUGAGGCGGGAAUAUUUUAGAGCCCUUGAACUUGAAGAGGAAGCUGCCAAAUCUCGACUAGAGCUGAUAAAAAUAAAAGCAAUAGCAUUUGUUGAAGAGCUAGUAAGAAAAGCAGAAGAAACUUACAAAGACAUGGAAAAGUGGCUUGGAGCCAGGUUUCUAGCAGAGAUGUCCAGUGUUGAAAAAUUAACUGAGGUUGCACGCCACCACAUCGAAAGUUCUACCAAAAUCCAAUUUGAAAUGGUUUUAGAGGAAACAGACUUCUUUAUUAGCAGUGAAGUAAAAGUAAUUCCAGAUCCUGUCCCUCAACCACACCCUCCACCUGCAGAGACAUCUGCAAAUAGUGCUCUAACUACUUCACAGCUUAGCAUGCUCCACAAGCAGUUUCUGCAGCUGGCACCUAAAGGAAUAUAAAGUAUUAAAGAAGUGCUGAUGCAUCAAAAGCAACUUUGUUGUGUCCUUCACCCUUGGUUCUCUCUGGAGUUACAUAACUGACCGCUCUAAACAUCGAUGAAGAAAAACCAGGCUUGUACUGGACCUUCGUACCUGCUGGCACAUCCUUUCAUUUGACACGGAACACCUAAGAUAUACUCUGGUUACUCUGAGUGUCAUUGUUUUUAUUGGAGAUAGCUUUUCAGCGUUGGUUAGUUCCUUUAAGUCCUUUGAUCAGUUUUCCAAUGGUACUUCCAUGUGAAAUGAAUGUGCUGCUUUAUUCUCUUAGAAUGAAGAUACCUCUAUUCUGUAAUGGAAGGCCUGAGAUAGAUCUUUGAGCCACUACUGCCUAGUUGAUAUAUUUUUCCUUUUUCUAGCAGUGUCUUUGAAUAUAUUCUUCCUUAUCAGGAAAAUCUGACUACUUGUUUGUCUGAUCUUACUUCCUCUGGUUUCCUUCAGCAGUAUAUUCUUUUUAUAACUGCAUCUAUUGUCAAUUGCAUCAAUAUGCCUUUGUUUUUGGGACUUGUCUAUCUAUUCUAAAUGUACCCUACUUAAUCCUACUUUGAAAUCACCAUUUUGCUUUACCAAAUUAACUAAAAUACAUUAUUUCCCAGUUCUUUUAAUCUAUUUAUAACUUAAAUACAUAAGCAUGGUCUUAGUCAUAUUCUGCCAUUUCUUGCAAUCAUGACCCGGAUGAGCCAGACUGCUCCUAUUUACAGAUCCAUACAGUCAGCAGAAACAAUCAUGAAUCAGGUCUUUAUUUUCCUUUACAUUCAAAAUACAGAAAAAACAAUACCUGUGAAGUUUUGAAGCAGUUUAAAAUAAUCCUGUUAGCUCUGACAUUCAGGAUAUAUACAGUAAUUUGAUGUUUAUCUUUCUAAUUCAUUAUGUCCAGUUAGUUUUGGUAAGAAUUUCUCCCAAGCCUUAUGAAUUUAGAUUUACCAAAUAUAAUAGACAGUCAGUGGCUGGCAUUAUCACCAUUAUUUGUGUCAAAACUCCAGAUAUUAUAGUCUUAUCAUUAGUUUCAUUUUGUUGAAUGCAAUUUAAUCACAAAUAAUAAAUAGAAAUUGAAGUUUUGUUUAUAGGCAAAGGUAAUCAAUCCUCCAUCUCUAGUACUGUUUUCCCUAAGGCUAAUUCUUCCUUCCACAUUGAAAAAAAAUGAAGUUGCAGGCUGGACAUCAGGAGACAUUACAGUUAGGGCUGCCAGGCUCUGGAAUGGACUCCCAAGGGUGGUGGUGCUCUCUCCUACCUUGGGGGUUUUCAAGAGGAGACUGGACAGAUAUUUGGCUGGGGUGUUAUGACCCCGUACUUGUUCCUGCCUAAGGCAGGGGGUCGAACCUGAUGAUCUGUUUAGGACCCUUCCAACCCUAAGCAGUAUGAAACUAUGAAACGUACUUAUUAUUUAGCUCUCCUGUUACCUUUCACAAAAUCAUAUAGGUGUCUUUUAUUUAAUAUUUUUAAAGUCUGUGGAUGUUUGCCUGUAUAUAAAUCUUUAAAAUCUUUCUUUGUACAUAAUUACUUUUGUGAAAUGUUUUUCAUCUGACAGGAUCUUAAAGAGCAUUGCAAACAUGCACAUGCAUGCAUAUAUAAUCUAUAUAUUGAUCUAAGAAUCAAGAAACUUAUCAGUAUGACAUAUGAGCACCCAUUCAACCUAACUACAUAUAUAUACACAUGCAUGCUUUGCUCAGGGUGGAGUAUCAACCAAUGAGUACUUACUUUACUCAUUUAUCCACUACUGAAACAUCACUGACUGCAAUCUUCAAUAUUCCCAGUCUUUAGCAAUCUCAAGUGAUGGCCAAAAACAUCCUUGACAUAUUUUUUCCAGUGAAAUUUUAUUAACCAGUUUCCUUAUUUUUUUUCAACCAGCUUUAGUAACUCAUCUUAAUUAUUGUAGGAUCUUUCUUGCUCAUCUCUCAGCCUCCUCUCUAGUUGGUCUACUUUCUGUUCAUAUUCUGCUGCUCGUAUCAUUUGUUAUUUCUAUUAUGCCUAUGGUAGCCUUUGUUGUUCUUUCUGUGCCAAAUACAUGGUUACCACUCAAAUUUAAAUUUAAGUUCAAAAUCUAUUACUGACUUCUAAGUCUCUGAAAAUUGGCCUUUGUAUUUGCAAAGCUUGCUUCAUGUUUAUGUGCUUUUUCACAAUGUGGGCUGUAUCAUUUCUCUUUCCUAUUUCCAUCUUUAUUGUUUGUUGUUUUAGAAUGCCUACUUGGCAUGCAUAAUGAAAAUUCUUAUUUAUUAUUGUUCUAAAAUUACCUUAAAAUAUAUUUUAUUCAUUUGCAGUUUUGUUUUAUUGUUAAGACAUCUCAUGUUCAUUUGAAACCAGACAUUUUUGUUAUGUUAUCUAGUUUCAAUACUUACUGAAAUUGUAUGUUACCACUUGUGAAAAAUGCAAAAUACUUCAGUAAACAAUAUUUACUUUGAAAAACAUUCUAGUUAAAGCAAUUCUAUUUAUAAUAUAUUUAUACUUCAAUUUUACCUGUCUUUAUUUUUAACAUUUUACUGGGACAAAAAUACUUGGGGACAGAUAUUUGACUAAUGUAAACUGUGGUCUUGGACAGAUGUAACAAAAGGAGAAUGAAGAGAGACCAUAUUAAGGGCACAAGAGUAGGCAAUCCCAAUGUGAAAGAAGUGAAGCAAGAGACUGUCCUGGCUAACUGGUGAGCUGUUCAAGAAGUUGAAACUUAAAAAGGAAUCUUACAUAAAUACAAACUGUCCAUAUUAUAUUACAUAGCCUGAGUAUGCAGGGAGAAGAAAAAUCAGGAAAGCCAAGGCACAAAUUUAGAAACAAGUAGCAAGGGGCAUAAAAGGCAAUAAAAAGCAUUCUAUAAACAUAAAUUAAGAAGUAAGAGGAAGUUCAAGGAAAACAUUAGGUCCCUUACUGAAUGCAAAGAGCAAUCUACUAAUGGAUGAAACAGAAGAAUCUGAAGUAUUUAAUGCCUUUUUAACCUAAGUCUUAAUGAAUAAAUCCAGGUAUCCAAUAACAAAGUACAGUUGGCAGCGAAGAUAAGGAAGGCACUAAUCAGUGUAGAGUAGGGAAAGAACAGAUUAGAGAGACUGGAUGUUUAAAGUCAGCAGGGCCAGAUGAGAUGCAUCCUAGAGUAUUCAAGGAAGUGGCCAAGGUAAUUACAGAGCCAUCGCAUGUUAUCUCUGAGAACCUGUAGAGGUUUCAGAAUGUAAUGUGAUUGAAAAAGAGCAAAUACAGUGCACAUAUUUUAAAAAAAGGAAGAAGGAAGUUCUUUACAAAACAGUUAGUCUAACAUCAAUACCUGGAUAUAUUAUGGAGCAUGUCAUCGUGGAAUCUAUUUCUAAGCACCUAGAGGAUAAUGAGGCAGCCAGGAAUAGCCAACAUGGAUUUGUCAAGCGCAAGCCAUGCUUGAUCAACCUGGUUUCCUCCUAUGACAAAGUGGAUGCGGGGAGAGCAGUGAAUGUAAAAUACCUUUGUUUUAGCGAAGUUUCUGACCCUGUUUUUUAUGAUAUUCUCAUUAGUAAGCUAAGGAAAUACAGUAUAAAUGAAACUACUGUAAAGUGGAUACAUAACUGAUUGGAUCAUUGUGAUCAAAGUAGUCAUCAAUGGCUUACUGUCUACCUGGGAGGAGAUACUGUGGGCUUGGCUAGGUUUCUGUCCUAACCUGUCUGAUACAGUUUACUAUCUUCAUGAAUGAUUUGGAGAAUGGUAUUGAGCAAAUUUUCAGGUGACAACAAGAUUGGUGUAGCCGCAGAUUAUUUGAAUGAUAAGAUUAGGAUUAAAAAAAUGACAUUAAAAAUAGGAAAAAUGGCCCAAAAUUAAUUGAACAAAGUUCAGUAAGGGCAAGUGCAAAGUACUUCACUUAACAUGAAACAAUCAAAUGUACAUGGCUUCAAAUGGCUUGGCAUCAGUACCACAGAAAAAGGCCUGGGAUAAUGGUGACCUGUAGCUGAGUAUGAGGCAGCAGUGUACUGCAACAGUAUUGUUGCAAAAAACAAGCAAACAAAAAACACCAACCCCUCAAACCAUCAACUUUUGUAUUAAUAGAAUUAAUAGGGUUGUAUUAAUAAAUAUGUCACUUGUAAGUCAAAGGAAGUGUUUUAGGUACCACACUUCAAGAAAGAUGUGGAAACAUUGGCCCGAAUCUGUCAGAGAGCACAAAAUGAUUAGAGGGCCAGGAAAUACAGUUUAUGAGAAAAUAUUGGAAGAACUGAGAUGAUUUAGUAUGAAGAACAGACUGAGGAAGGAUUUGAUAAUAUUUACCAUUACCUAAUUGUGAUGGUGUUUUCAGUGGCUUGUAAUGAGCUGAUAAGAAUGUGUGACCUACUAGUGCAAGCUUUUCCAUGGGCACUGCAGUUUCUGCCAGUUUGGGGCAGACGGUGCCUUGCUGAAGAAUAAGAUAAUGACUCUCAAGAGCUUCAUAUAUUUUCACAUGUAAAGAUAAAUGUAAAGAUUCUGAUCUAUAGGAUUUCUCCUUUCCCCAUUUUUUGGAAUGAAUAAGUUACCAGUUUUGUUUUAGGACUUGAUUCUGCCACUCACUCAUUUGAGUACAACUUACUCUACAACUAGUCUGAUAUUUGUCAGUACAACUUAUUGUAUGAAGCUACCCUUACUCUGAGUAACUUAAAAUUGAUUAGUUCUUAAAGCACAUUCCAUUCUGAAUAGGUUUGUAGCAGCCAUUUCCUCAUCUAGUCUCUUGACCAUUUUCAGCGAUAACCUGAUCCCGUUCUAGCAGAUGCUAAGGCAAGUAGGAUGUGUAUGAUUACUUUUAUGCUGCUAGCUGUCUCUCAGUGCUGACAUACACUACAUGCACUGUAACAACUAGAACUGAAACUGGCUAAGUGAAGUGUUCCUUCAUUGUGACUUGGGACAAUAGAAUGCCCUUGUGAAAAUGCCACAUGGUUGCUUUCCAGAUCCUUUUGCAGGGAAAGAAAAUAAAGGCUAGCUGCCAUAGUAGAAUUACUUUGUACAUAAUGGCCUUUGACCUUACAGAGCUGACCUAUGCCACAACUCCUAUGGAUUUUUAUUUUUCAGACAGCCAUUUAGGCAGUAUUCUGUUCUAAAUAGCAGACCCUACUGUAUUGUUAGAUAUACAAGUUGAAAUAACAUCAAAACAAACAGAAAUGUGUUGCUAGCUUUCAGUGUUCUUGCCUCUUUGUAUUCAGAGUGGGUACAGGAACCAAGGCUUAUAGAAAUAACAGGGCUAUAGGCAGUUGCUCUCACUUCUUCCCUAUGUCUGGCUCUGUUUAAACCCUGUUAGGAAGGUAUUUACAUUUCUUAUAUUUCUCCUUGGUAAUAGAAUCAGCAAAGCUAUGAGCGUUUUUCCCCACAGCUUAAGCUAUCUUCAUUCUGUAAGCAAUUUAUAUUGUGUACAGAUACGACUGCAACAGAUCCUUCUUUGUACACUUUUACAAAGAACUGUUACAUUUUCUGCUCUAGAAGGGAAUUGAAUGAUGGUUAAGGAUCACUAACCUAUUUUAGAUUGAAGGCAUGCCUCAGAAAAUGUCAGCUUUUAAUUUUUACUCAUUUUUUUCACUACAGAAAAAGAAUAAAGCAAUUCUUUACAUUUCAAAGUGUUUUAACACUGUGAAUUCCUAUUUGAUAUCUCUGGGUUUAUCUUGUGAAUUACAUUUGCACAUCUAACAGUGCUAAGAUUUUGUGGCACCUUGCAGCACCUUUGAAAGCAUCUCAAGACACCCCAGGGUGCUGUGGCAUCCUGGCUAAGAAUCACUGUUAGCAGCAGCAGCAUUCGCUUGCAGUCCAGGAUGAUGGUCUUCCAUGAUUGCCUUAUCUGUGGGUCUGAAGAUGACUGAUGAGACUGACCUAGGAUCAACAGGUUCCAUUGCAACUCGGGUAUAUGUAUCCAUGUGGGGUGGGUGGCCCUAGAUUCUUGGUUUGGUCUGCAACAUGCUGUUUAUGCCAUUCCCGCUUUUCUGUCUCCUGUUGUCGUGAGGUUUCAAAGUACUGAGAUGUUUGCAGCAGAUUCGUUCUCCAUUUGGGGUAUUCCUGGGAGGUAGUCUCCUACAAGUUGAUGUGAAUGUUGCAUUUUUUCAAGUUGGCCUUGAUGAUAUCCUUGAAGCACUUUCUCUGCCCUGAUCUUAAAUGUAUGCCUUGACUGAGUUGGAGAAUAAAACUUGCUUUGGGAGUCUGGAGUUGGACAUCUGGAUGACAUGGCCGGCCCAGCAAAGUUGAUAUUGAAUAAUCUUUGCCUCAAUGCCCACGGUGUUUGCUUGUGAGAGGAUGCUAAUGUUCGUGCAUACUUCUAUCCACUGGAAGCUUGAAAGAGCUUCCACAUGCAGUGUUGAUGGUACUUUUCCAACAACUUUAGGUGUCUCCUGCAUGUUGUCUAUGUCUCAUCUUCAUAGAGUAAGGUAGGGAUCAUGACUGCUUGAUAAACUACAAGUUUUUGUGGCAAAGUGGGGCUCCCCGCCUAGCCACAGUGCUAGGUUCCGCACUUGCCUUUGGGCACAUCUCCAACCUGACUUUCCUGCCACGCCUUGUUCUUAUUAAUUAGGAUGUUAAUUAAGUGGGAGGCUGCCCAUUUCUUGCCCUGAUGCCAGGGGGCACUAUCUGCGGCCUUCCCGACACCACAGCUCAUGUCUCGCAAAUGGCAUCCAGCUGUUAGUCACACCAGCCCCACACUGGGCUCCAGAAUCCUCCUAUCAGGACCCUCCUUUGAUCCCUCCACUCAGGCAGCCUACUCUGCCAUCAUUCAGGCUGCCGAGCUCCCUGUAGCUAUCUGCCCUCUCGGGCAUGGUCCCCCCGGGACCUUCAGCCACACAGGCCCUGGCCUCACCUCCAAAGCCAGGUGGGACCCCAGGCCCUUGGCUCUGGGGCAUCCCUCACGGUGGGCCCCUGGCCCUUUUGACCUUCCUGGUACUGGCCCCAGCAUUGACCAGUCAAGGGGGUACUCUACCUCUGGCCUCUCUCACUAGCCCCACACUCUCUCUCAGGUCCACCUUCCUGGAUGUGGGAGCUAGGGUGCCUCACACCAUGACUGGUGCUCCAGGGUCUCACAGGAGACUCUCACUGCCCUCUGGAGCAGCAGGUUGUGGUGCUACUUAAGAUCUUACCUUUGACCCACACUCAGCCUCCCAGCAAUGGAGGACUUACCGGGGUCAGGACUCGCCUAUCUCUCUCUUCGGCUGAGUCCCCCUUUAUUCAGCCCUCAGCCUUUGGAGUCCGAAGACCUACCUAAGCCUACUCCCCUCCACCCAGGGCUCCACACUGCCCCCUCCACUCAAGGCUACUCAUCUCUGCCCCCUUCACUCCGGGCUCCACACCACCCCCUUCACUUGGGGCCAUGGGGCUUUCCUCCCCAGCAGGCUCAGGUGGCCGCCACUGUGCCUGGCCCCAGCUUUUCCUCUCAGGGUCUUGCACCCCCACAGAGCUCAGGUGGCUGCAGCUGUGCCUGGCCCCCACUUUCCUUCCUCAGGGUCUUGCAUCUCAUGGGGCUCAGGUGGCUGCAACCAUAUCUGCCCCCAACUCUCCCUCUUUGGGGUCUCUCACCCCACAGGGCUCAGGUGGCCAUAGCCAUGCCUGGCUCCAACUGCCUCCAGUGUUAUGCAAAUCCACCCAAAGGUGAGGGCUCAGGUUAAGGCACCCCUACCUGCCUUCUACCAGGGUGAUAACUGGCCUGGCAUUUCCUGGGGGCUCCCACACCACUGAGAGCCCCACCAAGCCACCCACUCCUGGCAAAGUUCAGUUUUAGGUCAUGCCCAGGACCAGAAGCCUCCUAACCAUCCCAUACAGCUGCUCCCUUACUUCUAGGAUGAUCCAUGAUGCCUCACAGCCAGGCAAUGUUGCUACCUGCCCAGCCAGCAGGGAACUGAGCUCUUUAUAUAGGCAGCCAGAGAUCUAAAAUGGCUGCCUUAAUCAAGCACCUGCUGGCUGCUUAGCUUUGGUCUUAAAGUGGCAGGCACCAACAGUGCCCUGCCACACACCUUCCCCCUUUAAAUGGUACCUAGGGGGUUUCCCCUGUUUCUCCUCCAAAGCAGGCUCCCACUGGAGCCUGUGGGAGCCCCCCAAGUGGCGAGCAACCUCAAAGGUGCUCCGCCACAGCCAGGUUUUGAAUCUGAUGUUGCAAUCUUUGAACAACCAUUUCCUCAGGCAUCCAAAGGCUGCACUUACGUAUCUGAGGUGAUGUUAGAUUUCUUUGAUGUCAGCCUUCUGUGAGAGAUGGCUUCUGAGGCAUGGGAAAUUCUCAAUGUUCUCCAGAGUCCCACUGUAAAUCUGAAUUCUUCUGAAUGUUAAACAUCAGUCCCAUUUUCUUCUAUGCCUUGGUAAAGGCAUCAACAAUUGCCUGAAGAUCUGCUUCCAAGUGAGCAUACACUACAGUAUCAUCAAUGUACUGGAGCUCGAUGAUUGAGGUUGGGAUAGACUUGGUUUUGGCUCGGGGUCAGCUGAGAUUAAACUGUUUACCAUCUGUUCAGUAGUUUAUCUUCACUCCGGCUGGAAGCUUGUUGAUGGUCAGACAUAGCAUCAUAGUAAGGAAUAUCGAGAAGAGUGGUGGAGCCUUGCUUAACUCUUGUCUUAAUCUCAAAGAGAUCUGUGAUAGAACCAUUACUGAGAACCACUGAUCUCAUACCAUCAUGGAGCAGGCAAAGAACAGUGAGAAUCCAUACCAUCUGUACCAAUAGCACUUCUCAGUUGACAGCCUAAGGCUUUCAUGAGGUCAAAGAAGACCAUAUAGAGAGGUUUAUGUUGUUCCUGGCAUUUUUCCUGCAGUUGGCAAGCAGUGAAGAUCAUGGUUGUGCCUCUUAAUGCCCUAAACCCACACUGAGAUUCUGAGAGGAGCUCUUCAGCAAGUGGAAGGAGAUUUUCUCACAAUGAUCUUUCCUGUGGUGGACAGCAAGGCGAUCCCUCUGUAGUUUCCACAGUUGGGCUUGUCUCCUUUCUUGGAGUUUGUCACAAUCAGUGUCCCUGAGGUCAUCUGGGAAUGAGGGUAUCAAGCUGUGAUGUGAGCUCCUCUCUCCCAUGCUUGAAGAUUUCCAUGGAGAUUCCAUCAGCUCCAAAUGCCUUGUCAUUUUUCGUCUGCUUGAUAGCUUUCCUCACCUCUUCAGGGGUUGGAAGGAUUCUGAGAUCAUCUCUGACUGGAUGUUGUGGUAUGGAAUUGAGAACACUUGUCAACAACAGAGUCUCAAUUGAGAAAGUCUACAAAAUGCUCCUUCCAACAGGCAUUGAUAGCUCCCCUUUCUUUGACCAGGCCUUGUCCACAGGGUACUGUAGCAUCCUGGAUGAGAAUCACUGUUACAGGUUUUUGUUUCAAGCAGCCAUAAUCCUACUGGCAUCAGCAAAGUUGCACCAGUAUAUGCAGGACCAUUUUUAGCCCUUACUAAAUCUGUGUUACAGAAUCUUUUCUGCACUAGGUGGUCCAAAUCUCAAUCAGUGCCUCCUUAUUUUCUUUAAAUAGCAUUGAGUGUCUGUUUUUUUAAUUAUUUUGUUUUAAAGGUAAUUCAUCUAUUUCCCAUGUUUCUCAUCUCUUGUCUCAUCUUUUAUUAUUUAUAGCUUAUGAAUAUAUGUAUAUAUGUAUGUUUGUAUAUAUGUGUGUGUGUGUGUAUGUAUGUAUGCAUGUUUGUUUGUUUACUAAGUGGUUUUAUUAUCACUUUACAGACAUUCCUGGACUAUUUUAAACCAUAGGUGUGGGCAGUCUACCAAAAAUAUGUUUUUGCAUUAGAGAAAAAUUCCUGACCUCAGAUAAUAUGUGCUGUGAUAGUCCAUCAGUCUUCUGCCUUCCUCUUGUGUUCCUUGAGAUUUACCUGUUACUAUAUUUAAUAAAAUGUUUAAAAAUAUUUAAUGUCUCACUAAAUAGGAACUGGCAGCCAACUCCCUAAAACUUUGCAUUCCAAAUGUCUUCUGUGGACACUAGUGGUUUUAAACUCUGAGCUUGAGAGGUUCCUACCAUGUCCACAUGCAAGAGCAUAGGUCCCAGACUAGUGAUCUGUUGUAACAUACAUCUUCAAGAUAUAGUCAGUUUAGACAAGUAAUUGUAUGCAUACACAUCCAGAGAAGAAGACACCUCUUGAAAAGGAAAUGUUAUGAGUUAGCUUGUGUUUAUAAGCACCCUAGUGAAUAACGGAUGUUGUGCAAGUAUCAUGACUUCAGCAAUAGCUCUCAUGAAUAAUUUGCCUCUGAGGUACACUCUGGGCACAUCUACAUGAGAUACUAUGUUGCUGUAACUUGUUGCUAUGGUGACAUGGAUUCAGCAGGCAUGAACUGUGAUGCCAACGCUACUGCGCAGCUUGUAGCAAGUACUAAAUAACUGUGCAGUAACAACUGCACAGUCUGGCACACAUGUAGACAUGCCCUCUAAGUCUCACUCCAUCUCCUUUGUUUGCUUCAUGAGAAUCAUGAUUUGCUCCUACUUUUUACCAGCAGCAAAUAUUAACAGACAUUUUCCGGACCUUUGCUGAAACUAUUUGUUCCCUAAUUACAUGCUUUAUGUUAGAACUAAGAGGUCAUUCAACACCUACUUAUUUGUGUGGGUUCAACUUUCAAAAAGAUGUUAAGGGAAAUCUGAUUCUUCCUUAUUUCCUUGUACAGCUAUAUAGACCAAGUUAUAAUCUAGUUACCAAAUGAAUAAAAUAAAGGUGUAAGAAAAAAGAAAAAAAAGUUAGAAAAUAUAUCAAUAAAACCAAUUUUAUAUAUAGUUGUUUCUU